ACUUUCUCUGUUGCAGUUAGCCUUCAAAGACAGUGGCACAUUGACACUGGGGUUAGAGGGAUCUGGGAAGACGUUACCCCGAUAAUCUGCAUCCUUCUGGGGCCCAACAUCUAAAAUCAGAAUGGAAACUCAACGUGAAAAAACACACACCUGUGGGACAAUCUGUCUGAAAUAUCUACUUCUUCUCUUCAAUUUUCUUUUCUUGCUGGCAGGAGGAGUCGUGUUGGUGGUGGGAGUGUGGACUCUGGUGGAAAAGAGCGACUACAUCAGUUUACUGAAUUCCAGCUUCUACUCCGUCUCAGCUUACAUCCUGAUAGCUGCUGGAGUCAUUGUGAUAAUGACCGGGAUAAUCGGAUGCUGUGGCACUCUGAAGGAGAUGAAGAGUCUUUUGAUUGUGUAUUUGAUCUUGUUGCUUUGUGUUUUCCUGCUGGAACUCAUUGCUGGUGUCCUGGCCUACAUUACCUACCAAGACUGUUUCCCUUUCUGCUACCAGCUGGAUGAGGAGCUCAGACAAAACCUGAAGGGGACCAUGCAGCAAAAGUACAAGCAGGCAGGAGAGGAGAGCGUCACGGAUGCUGUGGACAAACUGCAUCAGCAGUUCAAGUGUUGCGGUAGUCACAACUCCUCAGACUGGAUGGACAAUGCGUGGAUCCAGUCACCCGAAAACGAUCGGGUGGUUCCUGACAGCUGCUGUAAAAGUCCCAGUGAACUGUGCGGCAUCAGGGACCAUCCGUCCAACAUCUACAAGGUGGAGGGAGGCUGCAUCAUGAAAUUAGAAGAAUUCAUCCUGAGUCAGUUGUAUAUUCUCAGUGCAGUGGGUAUUGGGAUUGCAUUUUUACAGCUUGUGGGGAUGAUGUUCACUUGCUGCCUUUAUCGGAAUUUGGAAGAAGAUCCGUACUGAUUUUAGACAUAAUUUAACACAUUAUGAACUGUACAAUGUUCCCUUCGAUGUUGUAAAACCCAAAAUUAUUUCCACAGGCCUGUGAUUUUCAGAAUACACACAUUAGAGACUCUGUAAUGCUGCUGGACAGCACUGUUCUUUUUCCAUUGCAUGGGUUAAUGUAUCCUCCAUUUUAUAUUACAGACAAUGAUAUGUGGAUCACCUUGCAACCAAAAACACAUUUAAAGUAGACGACAAAUAUGAACUUGUUGUGGUUCCUUUUGCAAUCAGUGUUAGUUUCGUGUGUCACUUUACACAAAACCAUUCAAAUCUGAAAAAAUCCUACACUUCCCCCCACAGAAUUAGCUUGUUUUUUUUAAUGUACAAUAACUACAGUAUAUUUAUUGACGCUGCACAAUACUUUACUUUCAUUCUAUGAAUAUUUUCUGAGUUACAGACUCUUGAAGUGCAAAGGAAAACACAUUUGAGCUCUGUUAAAAGCUGCUAGUUUUGCUAUAAUUAAACCAAUUUGAACUUUAUUAUCAUGGGAUCCAUUAAAGUUUCAACAGCAAAACUGCAGCAGUUUAUGACAUAGAGUGAUAGAAACAAGUACUGGAAACCUGAAUGUGCACUCUGUUUUCUGAUGAGUCACAGGAGAAAACUAUAAAAGUGCAUUUUCUAUUUGGACGGGUGGUUGGUCGACAUAUGAGAGGUCUCAUUUUUACCUACAUUUUGAGAUCAGGCCAUGUUCAUGGCAUUGGGCUUCUGUGUCAAAAAUAAAGUUCUAAUAUAGGAAUAUUUUGACACUUGUGAAUUGCAAAAUUUGGGUUCUUUGAAAUAAUUAAAAUCAUGAUCAUUCCCACAUAAUAAUUUUCAGGCCCCUAGAAAAGACAAGUAUGGAUACCAAGAUUACACAUCAUCAGGCUUCAAUAUGGUGAUGGAUAUAAGCUGAUAGUACAAACUAACAGAACAAGAACUGAACACCAUCAGAGUAGAGUUUCAAAGCAUUUCAAACAAGCACUUAACUUGUUUGAUCACUGUGAUUUGUCCAAAGUAUUCUAUGAAACAUGUAAACACAAAUGCUGUUUCUCCUUUUAACAGCCAUAAGCUACUGUCACAAGUGUUAAAAUAUGACUAUGUUGGAAAAUUUAUUUGACAUUUGGCAUUUUGAUACCAGGCUAAAAGAUGAGUCUGGUAUCAAAAUGUUGCCCCUAACGAAUGCUGUUACUUGUAUAAACCAACCACAUAUCCCAUGUGGUGAUAUCAUCCUUGAGAGGUUACCCAAAAUGAACUUUUAAAAAAUUCUCUCCAGUAAAGAUCAGAAGAUCAGAGAAGAGAUAACACAUUCAGGGUACCUACCGGUGCUUUUUCUAUUACUCUAUGUAAUAGACAAUAAACUGGUACAGUUUUUACAUUUAGAUUCUGACACCUGCAGUGGACAUAAAGUUGACUUUGCUACAUUUUAGGUGUUUUUCAUCCCAGAAAAGUUCAUGUGUCUAACCUCCGCUCAAGCUAUGGGGGCUCAAAAAUGGUGG